GCUCGGCGGCGCGUCUCGUGGUCCCGGCCCCCGCCGGCCCCACCCCGGCCCGCGCCUCGGGGCCGGCGCUCUCCCUCUUGCCCGCCCCAGCCCGCCCCCGCGCUGGAUGUUCGCUUUCGCAGCCUUCGGCCAGCGGAACCUGUUUGCAGCUACCGGCGGCGGGGCGAAGGGCCUGGCCGGAAGGUUAGGCAUGGAGGCGGCGGCUCGGAGGCGGCAGCACCCGGGAGCGGCGGGCGGCCCCAGCGCGCAGCCGGGCGCCUCCUUCCUGCAGGCCAGGCACGGCGCCGUCAAGGCUGAUGAGGCCGCUGGCACGGCUCCCUUCCACCUUGACCUCUGGUUCUACUUCACCCUGCAGAACUGGGUUCUGGACUUUGGCCGCCCCAUAGCCAUGCUGGUGUUCCCUCUCGAGUGGUUUCCGCUCAACAAGCCCAGCAUGGGGGACUACUUCCACAUGGCCUACAACAUCAUCACACCCUUCCUUCUGCUCAAGCUCAUCGAGCGGUGCCCCCGCACCUUGCCACGCUCCCUGAUCUACGUCAGCAUCAUCACCUUCAUCAUGGGGGCCAGCAUCCACCUGGUGGGCGACUCAGUGAACCACCGCCUGAUCUUCAGUGGCUACCAGAACCACCUGUCGGUCCGUGAGAACCCCAUCAUCAAGAAUCUCAAACCAGAGACGCUGAUCGACUCCUUUGAGCUGCUCUACUACUACGAUGAGUACCUGGGCCACUCCAUGUGGUACGUCCCCUUCUUCCUCAUCCUCUUCAUGUACUUCAGCGGCUGCUUCACUCCCACCGAAGCUGAGAGCUCAAUGCCAGGGGCGGCCGUGCUCCUGGUGGUGCCCAGCGGCCUGUACUACUGGUACCUGGUCACCGAGGGCCAGAUCGUCAUCCUCUUCAUCUUCACCUCCUUCGCCAUGCUGGCCCUCGUCCUGCACCAGAAGCGCAAGCGCCUCUUCCUAGACAGCAAUGGCCUCUUCCUCUUCUCCUCCUUCGCCCUCACCCUCCUGCUCGUGGCGCUCUGGGUCGCCUGGCUGUGGAACGACCCCGUACUCAGGAAGAAGUACCCGGGCGUCAUCUAUGUCCCCGAGCCCUGGGCCUUCUACACCCUGCACGUCAGCAGCCAACACUGAGUCCUGGGCACCGGCCCCUGGUGCUCUGUGGGUGGGAGAUGGAUGGUUGAGCGUGAGUGUGGGGAGUGUGUGCAUGUGUGCACCCACUUGGGAUGGACGGCCGAAGGAGUCUGAGUGUGUGCGUGUGUGCACCCACUGGGGAUGGACAGCCGAAGGAGUCUGAGUGUGUGCAUGUGUGCACCCACUGGGGAUGGACGGUCGGAGAUGUCUGAGUGUGGGGAGUGUGUGCAUGUAUGCACCCACUGGAGAUGGACGGCUGAAGGUGUCUGAGUGUGUGUGAGUGUGUGCACCCACUGGGGAUGGACAGCCAAAGGUGUCUGAGUGUGUGUGAGUGUGUGUGUGAGUGUGUGCGUGUGUGCACCCACUGGGGAUGGACGGCCGAAGGUGUCUGAGUGUGUGAGUGUGUGUGUGAGUGUGUGCAUGUGUGCACCCACUGGGGAUGGACGGCCGAAGGUGUCUGAGUGUGGGGAGUGAGUGCGUGUAUGCACCCGCUGGGGAUGGACGGCCGAAGGUGUCUGAGUGUCUGUGAGUGUGUGCAUGUGUGCACCCGCUGGGGAUGGACGGCCGAAGGUGUCUGAGUGUGUGUGUGUGUGUGUGAGUGUGUGUGUGUGCGCGCGCACCCACUGGGGAUGGACGGCCAAAGGUGUGUGAGUGUGUGUGUGUGUGCACCCACAUGUGUGUAGCCUGCAGCUGAGAGCGUGGGUGAGAGUAUGCCUGGUGCCUGUGGAUAGGGGUGUGUGUGUCUGUGUGUGUCUGUGUGUGCGCAUACGGAGAGCAUCCUUGUGAGGCUGAAUUGUUUUGGUUAAGUUUCCAUUCGAUUUAGCUUUUUUCAUGAUGGGACAUAGUCUGAGGCAGUGUUUCCAGCCCAGGAGCUGGGCCUGGGCUUCCAUGCCCACUGGAGCCGGGCCUUCUCUCUCUCUCACUGCUCAGGGCCGUCUCUUCCUGGGCGUCUUCUGGUGGCCGUAGGGGUGAGGUCUGGGUGGGGCAGAGGUCGGGAGGGAGACUUGGCCUGUCACCUACCACCUGGUUCACUCCUCAGACCCCCUGACCCUGAGGGCAGGUCUCAGGGGUUCCGUGAACUUGCUGUGUAGCCAUUUGCAAUGCACCCCCUUCCCUGGGCAGAUGGGCAGAUGGGCCGACGGGUCCCCAGUCGGCUGUGGGCUGGUUGCCGUCUCCUCUCAGGGCAGCCUUGGGAGGGGUGGAUGGUUCCUCCUUGUCCCUGCCUCUUCAAUCCUGGGGGGUACGUGCACCCCAGAUCCUCACCCCGCCGCAGGCUGCAUGGGGUGGGGAGCCAGAGCCAGCCCUCCCCCAACCGCCGGCCUGAUCUCGGGGUCUGGCUGUGGUCGUUCCCGGCCGCCUUCCUCUCCCGGGAACUCGGUCUGUGUCCCGCCUUCAGGACUGUGGCACCCGCUUGGUUUACCUGACCAAGGUUUCUGAGCGGCUGCUGAAGGCAGAGUUCUCCGGUACUUGCACUCACCAAGGCGGACAUCGUGGGGCUCUUGUCAGCGUGUCUCAGCCUGAAUCCACGCCUGCCGCCUGCAGCCCUGCUCCCAGGAAAGGGGGCCUUGUUCUGGCAAGACGCCCCCUCCCCAGCACUGGGGCCAGGUCUCCUCCCGCGACUGCAGGCACGCAGCCUCACGUCCCAGCAUUGCUGGCCUGCAUGCGUGCGAGGGGCUCUGGGGGGCCUGCCUCAUCUCCCCUGCCCUCCCUGCCCAUCCUGUGCUCUCAGGGACUCUGCCUCAAACCCUCCUUUCACGCAGGGGUCCCCCAGCCCCGGUCAGUCCCCGUCUGCUGGCAGCAUCAGGGGUGAGCAGUGUGAAUAAAGGCGGUGUGGAGCCAA